UUUACCUUUUUUUCAUUGAAUUUUUGGUUGAACCGGUAAUUUGAUUAUUCAAUUUUUGUCUUAAUAUUUUUUUCUGUUCUAUUCUAAAACUUUGAUUGUUUAAUUAGUCUGGUACAAUGGCUGCUCCUUCUUAUCCUGGUCGACAACAACAACAACCGAUGGCACCUAAUCAACAAGCACCAAUGAUGCCACAACAAAUGGGACAACCAGUUGUUCAAUCGGGUUUACCUGAUAUUGUGAGCUCAACACUUUUAUGUAAAUGGGGUCAGGAUAUUGUUCAGGAAAUUACUACAAGAACUUCAGAGAUAUUCAGUCUUCUAAAAGGAGUUGUUCCACCAACUGGUAUUCCAUUGCAGACUCAAAUUUUGGAGGAAAAGAAAGCAAAAAUCGCUGAACAUAUGAAGCUGAUUGAGUUUAUGUUUAAAAAGUUAAAAAUGGUUUACGAUAAAGUGGUCGAGUUGUCAUCUCCCUAUGAAUAUAUUUCAGUUGACAGUUUGAUUCCUUACAAGGAGGGACCUGAAUCUGGUAAUGGAAGAGGAAUGAUCCAUGAGAACAAAAUUAAAGACGAAAAUUUGAUCAAUAAAAGGAAUCAACUUGCAAUUACAAUUAAAGCAAAAAACGAUCAUUUAAAGAUGAUCAUUGAUCAACUUCGUAAUUUAUCAUUUGAUAUAAACACGAUGCUUGCAAUGAAAAAACCUGAAACAACCAGAUAAUAAACUUCGAAAUUCAUUUAUUUUUAUCAA